ACUACGUUGAGUGAAUGAUCUGAGCGUAAAACGGUAUCAUCGUCGUCGUAGGCCGUCGUGUGUAAUAAUAAUAAUAAUAAUUAUUAUUAUUAUUAUUAUCAUUUCUAUUAUUAUUAUUGUAAAAAAUAAAAAUAUAUAUUGUUAAAGACCUACAAGGCUGUAUAUUUCAGUGUAUGACGAUAAUGUCGCGACCGAACAUGUCUUAUUAGGCGAUUUACAUACUUAUAGACACAAUAUUAUAUCAUAUACUAUCGUUCGUUUUGAUUUCGCGUUUCUUUCUAUUUGUUUCCCCGCUCCGACGGCGCUGUAAUAAUAUUAUUGUAUAAUGCCGUCCGUUUUGCAAACGCCGCGCAUUUGAUAUUCGGCAUAUUAUUAUUAGCAUCGUCGCCGCCUGCGCCGCCACAGAAUACGCGUACAAGACAAUCGAAUCGAAUAAAACGUAACAAAAUAUAUAAAUACCAGAACGAACUCGCACUUCCGCACCAAAGCCAUGGCCGAGGUCGUAGUUUUUGACUUGGAAUUGCAAAACAACGAGGCUCAUCCCGUAAACGGGCCGAAGAACAACAGCGAUUCCGACGACGAAUUACUCGAAAUCGAAGAGGCAUGUUAUGCUCAAGAACCCAACAUUUAUGAUUAUGAUGAAAAAUCCAGUGAUGUAGAAACAUUAAAGUUAUCAGAAAGAACUGUAAACCUUACCAAAGAAAAAUUAACUCCCGAUUGUUUCGAGAUAUUGAAAGUACUAGGAAAAGGAGGUUAUGGAAAAGUAUUUCAGGUUCGCAAGAAGACUGGUAAUGAUACAAAUCAAGUUUUUGCCAUGAAAGUCUUACGUAAGGCCACAAUUGUAAGGAAUUCCAAGGAUAUGGCUCAUACCAAAGCAGAGCGCAAUAUACUCGAGGCUGUAAAGCAUCCGUUUAUAGUCAGUUUGUUCUAUGCAUUUCAAACAAAUGGAAAACUUUAUCUUAUUUUGGAAUAUUUAAGUGGUGGUGAACUAUUCAUGCAUUUAGAACGAGAAGGAAUAUUCUUAGAAGACACAGCAUGCUUUUAUCUGGCAGAAAUUAUUAUUGCAAUACAGCAUUUACACAGUCAAGGCAUAGUUUACAGAGAUUUAAAGCCAGAAAAUGUAUUAUUAGACCAAGAUGGUCAUUUAAAACUGACCGAUUUUGGUUUAUGUAAAGAACAUGUUCAUGGAGUUAGCGUGACUCAUACAUUUUGCGGUACUAUUGAAUACAUGGCACCAGAAAUUUUAACUAGGAGUGGUCAUGGGAAACCAGUUGAUUGGUGGUCACUUGGAGCUCUUAUGUUUGACAUGUUAACAGGAACUCCCCCUUUUAGUGCUGAUAAUAGAAAAAAAACUAUUGAAAAAAUACUAAGAGGAAAACUUAUUAUGCCACCAUAUGUAUCACCUGAAGCUAAAGAUCUUAUGAGAAAAUUACUUAAAAGACAAGUUAGCCAUAGACUGGGAUCUGGUAUAAAUCAAGGAGAAGACAUAAAAAAUCAUCGGUUUUUCCAAAAAAUCGUCUGGAAGGAUAUAAUAAAUCGUACUUGUGAAGCUCCAUACAAACCAAAAUUAACGGGUGCAGACGACACAACACAAUUUGAUUCCAGAUUUACCAAUCAGCUUCCAGUUGAUUCACCUGUAGAAGAUUCAUUUAUGCCACAUGAUAACGAUGAAUUUAAAUUUGAUGGUUUUACUUAUAUAGCUCCAUCAUUAUUAGAUACUCUUGGCACAAGUACAAGUCGAGAACAUGCAUUAAAUGCACAUCAACAGUGUAGAACAGAAGAAAUGGAAAAGCAAAUGGAGGAUGAGGAUAUUUUCCAUAAGAAUGUAAUGCCAAAGAAACCAAAACUCGAAACGAGAAUACAAAAGUCAGCACCCACACCUGUAGUUCAAGCUGGAAUAUGUGACUCAAGAAGACCUGUUGACCAAUUUCAAAGAGGGCAUGUUCCACGGAAUCUUAAUCCAUUCAGUGAUUUUGAACCGAUUGCAUCAACAUGUGCUCAGCUUUCUGCUACCCGAAUUGAUGAAGAAAUGGAAACUGAUAAGUCAUCUUCACCAUCGCAGUAUCCAAAUGUAGCGAGAUCUAAUCCAGUACCAGUAGAUCAACCCCGAAUUGUGCAAGCUAGCACUACAAAUCACAGGGAAAUAGACCAAUCAAGGUUGUUUGAUGCAUGUGCUCGACCAUUCAACAAUCACUCUGCAAGGAAACCAUAUAGACCUCAUGUGUUGACAACAGUCAACAGUAGUAGUAAUUUCUUGAAUCAAAAUCAAGAUGAGAUGAUGGAAGUUGCUUCCACGUCUAGUAUACCGGCUCAAAUUUAAUUAAUUAGGGUAAUCAAUGUGUUUAGAAGAGACCUGUUUCCAAACCAAUCAUAGUUACCUUGUUGGUUAUAAUGCUAUUUCUGGUAGAUCUUGGCUACUUUUAACUUGUGGCCUUAAGGAUCGCUAAUUUUAUAAAAAAAAUUUUAAUGCUAA